CUGACUGUGCGUGCGUCGUGCGUUCACUCCCGUUGUUUGUCGACACCCAGAAUAGAUCCUCUUGCUGUUCCUCCUCCCAAUCCUCCUCCCAAACCUACCUCCACCACCACCAUGGAGCGCGGACGCUCUCGCAGCAGCUCGUCCGUCAACAAUAUAAGGAAUGCCUCCGCCUCCCCUCAUGCUGCGCCAUUCCCACCCGCCGGCUUAGGUCUUGAUCCUUCUCUCUCCGACCCGCACGCCUUCAACCAAGUGACGACAGCGGGGCAGCCUUUCGAGCCACAGUACUCCACCGCCCAACCUCAGCAAUUCCCUCACCAGACUGCCCUCGACCACUCCUUCCUGCCCUCCAACGGCCCCAUUGCCCACCAGCGCAGCCCGCAAUUUAGCGCCCAAGGCAACAAUCUUGCUCCCGACUCUCUCGACCUCAACGGCAACCCCCACGCCAACAACGUCGACUUCAACCUCUUCCCCGAGGGCAACAAUAACAACAACAAUAAUAGCUUUGGUCAAAACCAAGCAAUCGACCCCUCAUUCCUCAGCAACACGCUCGACCCGCAACUGCUCGACUCUCAGACCCAGAACCAGUCUGUGAACCCCACCGACCUCAUGAACCAAAUGGGCACCAGCCAGGCGCAUUCUCCCACCCCACCGCACCUGCUGCCGGGCAUGAACCAAGGCAGUCCCAGCCCGAAUCACUCUCCGAACCUCAACCAGGGCGCUUUCCCUUCCCCAGGCCACUCUCGACAUGCUUCGCUAGAUCCCAAUACCGCAUACGGGCAGGUGCAGAGCAACGAGUGGGCAAACAUGGCGCAGUUUCGAGGUCACAGGCGAUCGCCGUCGGAGACGUACUCGGAUGUCUCUUCGGCACAUGCGUCGCCAUACAUGGGCAACACCGACACGUUUGAUCACGACAACCCCUCGCCCCUCCUCAACGCCCAGCAAGACCCCUCGUUAUUUCAAGAGGUCAUGCAAUUCGGUCAAUUCAACCUGAAUGACAACCACUCUCACAUUAGCCCUGGCCACAGCCCGCACAUCUCGCCGCGAUUGAUGCCGCAACAACAGUCGCUCCCUCAGUUUCAGCCAGGCAGUUUCGGUUUGGACCCCAACAUGAACAAUCAAUUUACGCAUCAGGGGAUGGGCGCGUAUCAAGGCCAGGGUGUCGAGCCAUUCCCGACAAUUAACCAGGCCGGCCCUGAAUUUGGCCAGGCAGACACCAUGUCUCCGCCCGAGAUCAACAUUGAUUUCGCCCCACCUUCUCGCCAAGCUAGCUUUGAACCCCCGAAACCCGAGCUCCAAACAGAUGCGCUGAGUCCGCCCGAUCGAUCUCGAAGCCGCAACCGAAUUCGUGCCAAGUCCGACCCGUUCAGCAGCGCCAGCGCUCGUGCUUCCACCCCUGGAGUAGAGAGUGUUGGGUCGAACAGGUCGUUAUCACCCGCAGCUGCAAAAACUUCGCGCUCGCCAUCACCUGCCACAAAAUCCUCACGUCGCUCAUCCACCUCUAGUGUACCCCACCGGGACUACAUAUUAGACUUGGCAGAUCCGUCCAGGCCUACCAACGUGACACCCGAUGGUGCUGGAGGACCCAAGCGCACUCAGAAGCACCCCGCGACUUUCCAAUGUACCCUUUGCCCCAAGCGCUUCACUCGCGCUUACAAUCUUCGAUCGCAUUUGCGCACCCACACCGACGAGCGUCCAUUCGUUUGCAGCGUCUGUGGAAAAGCCUUUGCUCGUCAACACGAUCGCAAGCGACACGAAGGUCUGCAUUCGGGAGAGAAGAAAUUUAGAUGUCAUGGCCCACUGAAGGAGGGCAACCAUUGGGGGUGUGGUAGGCGAUUUGCUCGCGCUGAUGCUCUCGGUCGCCAUUUCAGGUCAGAAGCCGGUCGCGUAUGCAUCCGGCCCCUUCUUGAAGAGGAAGCCCAAGAAAAGGCUGGUUGGGACGGCCAAACUCAACCCAUGGAUAAUGGCAACGGCAUGUUUGCCGGCCAAAUGCCUCCUCAGGGCUAUCCUGGCAUGAUGCCUCAGCAGGGAUACGAAGCUUUCCCUCCCGUAGGCAACAUGGACCAUGCCCCUGCCCCUCCUCAAUAUCUUCCAGCGGCAUUGCUUGCUCAGUUCCCAGCACUUGCAGGCAUCCAAUGGGACCAACUACCCCCCGGAGCGCCUGACGAUGUGGAAGGCGACAUCAGUGGGAGAAGCAGCUUCGAUGCCAGUAGUGGAGGUGAGCUCUUCGACGACGAAGGAGACUAUUCCAAUCAACAGGCUGUGUAUAAUGGUGGUUGGGCAAGUGAUGUAUGA